GCGCCUCAUAUUGUUGAAGUGCGGGCAGUUGAUGGCUUGUAAAAAACGUAUCAGCGCUUUUUCUUUUUGUAAAGAAGGUAACUUUAUAAGGUCAAAACCUUGGAAUACCAUUAGAUGCUCCUGGAAUAAAGAGAGACCGUACUUGUAUUAAAAGUGAGCUGGCACAUCUUGGGAGUUCAAUGGUUACUCAGUUUGAAGACACAUUUUCUUUCUCAGUUUCAGAACGCUGGAGAGCUCCUGCGGGAAAGCAGUUGUCAGAAUCGGUUUCGGUGGUCUGUGGAAAACAAGAUUGUGGCAAUAAAAGAAUGAGAAGUAAGAAACGAGAUCAAAUGACUGAUAUGCAGGAGCCGAUAUUUGCAUACUCCUUUUCGGCGCGUUAAGAUCAUCCAAGGGGUGUCAAUUUACAACUGAGAGAUGGACUUGGCAGAAAUUCUGUUUGCGCUGUUCAUUGUUGUUGUCAUGGUUGUAUCCUUGUUAUCGAACUUACUGGUCCUCCUGUGUUUUAUCUACAGCACCGAAAUCCGCAAACAUGUGCCGGGUAUUUUUAUUAUGAACUUAUCGUUUUGCAAUUUACUUAUUACUGUUUUGAACAUGCCAUCAACGUUGCUCGGGAUUGUCAAAAACCAACAGCCGUUUGGCGAGUGCAUCUGCCAAGCUGUAAGCUUUCUGGAGACUUUUUUGACUACAAACACCAUGCUAAGCAUGGCAGCGUUGAGCAUAGACAAAUGGAUUGCUGUGGUCUUUCCCCUGAGCUAUUCCAGCAAAAUGAGAUACAAGGACGCAGUGAUCAUGAUGGGCUACUCGUGGUUCCACUCCCUUACCUUUUCCCUCGUCUCCCUGUUUUUUUCUUGGGUUGGCUACAGCCACAUUUAUGCAUCAUGCACCUUAUAUUUAAAAGAAGAAAGAGACAGGAGAAAGUUUACCGUGCUCACCAUCGUUUUCCAUGCUACCUGUUUCAUGCUCUCUCUUCUAAUACUGUGCUUCACGUACUUAAAGGUUUUAAAAGUAGCACGGUUUCAUUGCAAGAGGAUAGACAUCAUUACCAUGCAGACUCUGCUUUUGCUGGUUGAUAUUCACCCAAGUGUUAAACAGCGAUGCCUCGUGGAACAAAAAAGGAGAAGACAACGGGCCACAAAAAAGAUCAGCAUCUUCAUAGGUUCUUUUGUUAUCUGUUUCGCCCCUUACGUUAUCACGAGGUUAAUAGAACUUCUCCCUUUUGUAACAAUUAACUACCACUGGGGAAUUAUAAGUAAGUGCCUCACAUACAGCAAGGCUGCAUCAGACCCCUUUGUGUAUUCCCUGCUGCGUCAACAGUACAAGAAGGUCUUGAUCAACAUCGUCAACAGGAUGCUUAAAAGGGAUUUGUAUCCUUCAUCAGGUCAUAACAGCUCUUUAGACACCGAGAAUGACUACUGCCUCCAGCGAGGGAACUGAAUAUACAAAGGUCUAUUGCAAGAGAUUACCUAUUUUAAUGCACUUUAAUUUGUUUCAGCAUUACAACUUUUUUGUUUAUCAUAAAGCUUAUUUAAGUGAAUGUAAGCCAGUUUGUCAAUAUUAAAAUGUAUCUGUAUUCCUACAUUGGGCGGUAAUGUUUAUAAAGUAUGGCUCUAUAUAAAGAUGUUUGUGUUAUUAUCUAUUUUGCACAGAAAUUUGUGACAAGUUCUUUUUAUGUGUAUAUUUUUAUUUUAAAGUAUGAGGGAAUCUAGAGUAAGAACAAUGGAGUACAUCCAUACCCAACCUGACCAAUUUUAUCCUAUGUACAUUUGGCUUCAUUAUGUGGAUCAGAGCUAGGCCAAAUUUAAGAUACCCAGCACACAACCCACCGAUUGUCCUGUCUUUUUAUUUAUUUAUUUAUUUAUUUAUUUGUUUAUAGGAUUAUUUUGUUUAAAAUGCGUUAACAAAUUAAGAGUGAAAAAUCUCUUCUCAUACAAAGAAUGCUAAACGUACAUUUGUUUUGGGUUGUAUAGUUUUGUUUGUGCCAAAUUUUGGUAACUGUAAGUUUGUUAAUGUGAUUUCACUUGGGUUAGUAAUUGCCACAGGUCUGCAUAUAGUAAUAAUUCUUAAUAAAACGAUUGGAAGUAAAACCAAUGGAUUUUAAUAUCAGUGUGGCUUCUUGUGUACAUUUAAUGUCCUCCAAAAUCCAUCAGCGAUAC